CGUUAUUCAAAAUACCUUCAAAUCACACUCUGCAAAGACUUGAAUCGGAAAAUUGAUUCCAUGCCGGCAAAGAUAAGAAGAAAUAAUCGAAAAGAGAAACAUGUCUGAGGCCAUCAUUGUUGAGGCGGCACAGGAUCUGGAGAGUUAUCUUGAGGAGAAGUAUAAAGGAUAUUAUGAGGAGGAGAUGAAAGAGGUAAUAAAUGAGCUGAGAAUGAUGCUGGAUAUUUUAAGAGACGAGAAAUCCGGUGAGCUAAAAUACUUGGUUGCUGACUUUGCCGAGAUGGCUCAAAAUUGUGCGGACCUCACAAGAUUAAAUCCCAGGGACAUUCGCAAUAAUGAAAUUGGCAGCGACGUAUUUUUCCAAGCGUUGCCGGGAAUGCUCGACAUUUUGAGAAUGAUAAAAAAGCGCAUGACGGAGUUUAAACCUCAGAGUAGUGUUGGAGGAGAAGAAGAAGAAGAAGAAGGUACGGUGGUGGUGGGGUUGGAGAAGGACGUGAAGCAACUUGUUGAGAGAGCGAUUCUUGUCGAGAAUCCGGACCUCGUGAGUGUGGGUAUCAAAGGCAUGGUGGGCGUUGGAAAGACGACUCUUGCCAAGCAAGUCUACAACCAUGCGGCCAUCGUUGAAAAAUUCAAGUGGCGCGCAUGGGUAAGCGUCUCGAUUGGCACGAGUGUGAACGAGAUGCUCGUGGAAGUGGUGAAACAGUUGGUGGGAAUUGAUGGGAACGAUUCAUCGUUGGAAGGUAUGGACAACCAGAGUCUUCGACAGAUGCUUCGCCAGCACAUGGAAGGACUGCCGUAUUUCAUAGUGAUUGACAACCUGAUGCCACAAAUAAGCGUUGAGUGCUUCGCUAAAGAUCUUCAGCAUAUCUGUGAUAUGCCUAGCAUUGUUUACGAAAAACAUGAAGAGCUUAAAGUUGAAGGAAAUGGAAGUAGGUUGCUGUUAAUCAGUCGCCAUGAGAUUAUAUCAGAAGACUUGUAUUAUACUCAUGAGAUGAAAGCUUUGGAUUCUGAUAACAGCUGGAAAUUGUUUAUACAAACAUUAUUUCAUGGUGAUAGAUUUGCAACUGAUAAGCUCAAAUUCUCAAAGGACUUGGAACAUAAGGCGAAAGAGAUGUUGAAAAAGUGUUGGGGUUUGCCGAUAGCUAUAAUAGAUGUUGCAAGGCAGAAAGCAAAACAAAGGCUUUCAGGGAUUGAAUGGGAACAACUUUUUGAUUCAAUUGAUUUGGAUAAAACAUUAAAGAGAUUGGAACCGAUGUAUGAUGAAUUGGAGGAAAAACUCAAGGCAUGUUUCUUGCUUCUUUCCCUUUUCAAGGAGAAUGCAAUAAUGAGAGAAGAAAAGAUGGAGCAGAUUUGGGCUGCAAGUGGAUUAAACACUCGAAGCGAAGAGCCUAUUAUUCGCAGUUUAUUUCGACAAUCCAUUAUUGAAAUCGUGCACCCCCACCCACAACCUCCUAAGGUGAAAAUGUGUCGCAUGAAUCCUCUCUUGCACAUGUUAUCCAUCAAAAAGGCCGAGGAUGAAAUGGGCUUUGAGAUGUUAAGGAGCAAUGGAAAUAAUCGACCCUCACAGAGCCCUCGUCAUCGUGUUAUCCACUGUGGUAGAGACAAGUUUAAUCACUUGAUGACUCAAGACAAACUUCUUGUUUCUCUCAUCUUCCAUGGAGGUGGUCGCUACUUGGACGACACUAGCCAGUCUUAUUGGAAGAGUUUUGAACUUCUUAAGAUACUUGACAUGGAAGAUUUUGGGGUGAAGACGUUACCAGAAAGUAUCAGCACAUUGAGUGAGUUAGAGUAUUUGGGAUUGAGAAACAACUACAUACAAGAGAUCCCAGAGUCACUGGGGGGCUUAGAAAAGCUUGAGGUACUCGAUAUAGCUCUAAACUUUCUGGUUGAGGUGCCGGAUAUUCUGAAUGAAAUGGGUAGCCUUCAUCAUCUCUACAUGUCCAAUGUGAUUUGUCGGAAGCCUUUGCAAGUAGAUGCUCUAAAACAUCUUGAGAACCUAACUUACAUCUCGAUUUAUGAUUGGACAUAUGAGGUCUUGAGCUUGGAGAAGAUGAUUUGUCUCCAGAAAUUGGGCAUUGAAGAAAUUGAUGAAAAUGCUGAUGUGAGCAAGCUAUUUGCAUCACUUUGUAGGUUGAAGAGCCUUGAGGGUCUUUCCUUGAGGGGGUUUCGUUUCAUGAGCAUGCCGUGUUUGGAAGAGAUUUAUGUAUCUGGAAUCCGCACAGUGAAACUGGAUGGGCUCCUAGCUACGACGUUACCAGGAAAUUUAAGAGACUCUCUACAAAUUCGAGACUUGACUUUGGUAAAUACAUGCCUUGAAGAAGACCCCAUGUGGUUACUAAGGAUGCUAUUCUACCUACGUCGCCUCAAACUACAGAAUGCAUACAUUGGUCGACACAUGUGUAUCGAUUUCCGGCAGUUUCAAGAACUUGAAUUCGUGUGCAUCAGUGAAUUGUGGAAUCUACGCGAUUUGUACGUUAUACGUACUAAGUUGUCAAAACUCAAGCAUCUAGACAUCAACAGUUGCCCACAUUUGGAGACUCUUCCAAAAGAAAUUGAAGAGUUGAAACAUCUGAGGAAGCUUACAAUGGUGACAAGCAAACACAUUGCAACAAAGAUCAGAAAUUCCAGCAUAAUCUCCAAAAUAGUGGAAGUGGAUAUCAGUCCAUGAUUUCAAAUUGAUAUUUAUUUUUGUUGGAUUUUGGAUUGAGUAUACGUUUUCCUCUUUUCUUUGCCCCCUUUGUUAUUGUGUUUGCGAAUAACUUUGUUUAUAAUUUGAAGGAACAAACUAUAUGUACUUUGUAAGAA